UCUAAAACAGCGCCAAUUUCUACCUCCUUCCCUUCUUCUAAUUCAGAGCCAUUUAGUGUAAACGUGCACUUGUCCCCCUCCACAGACGGUGUUUUGGAGUUAGUUGUCUCUACAAAUCAGAUGAAACAUUCUUAGAUUAGCGCGAAAACAUUCUAAAUUUCAAUUGUUGGCCUUAGUUUAGUUUUUUCUUUCUCUAUUCACCAUAACUUAAAGCAAAAUGUCACAUCAAACUGGAAUAUCAGCUUCUCCGGAAUUAAAAGUCUUUUUUGGUAAGGCUAAAAGUGAUGGUGUACGGUUUAUGAAGUUGAGUAUUGAAAAUGAAGAGCUAGUUUUAGAGAAACAUUUGUUGCCAAAGGGUGACUGGAAAAGUGAUUAUGAUAAAAUGGUCCUUGCCAAUUUGGAUGAUAAGAAACCUUCUUACUUACUAUAUCGCUUGGAUACAAAAAAUAACCUUGGAUAUGAAUGGCUCUUUAUUGCUUGGUCUCCGGACUUUUCACCGGUGCGCGAGAAAAUGGUAUACGCUGCUACAAGGGCAACCUUGAAAUCUGAGUUUGGCGGAGGUGCAAUAAAAGAAGAAUUAUUUGGCACAGUUGAAGAGGAUAUCUCUCUGAAUGGCUUUCUCAAACACAUAGAAUUCCAAAAGGCACCUGCUCCACUAACGUUUGCUGAGGAAGAACUAGAAAUUAUUAGGAAAACUGAAGUGAAUACUGAUGUGAACAUUGAUACAAAGAAUCAAACUAUGCAAGGUCUAGCAUUCCCUAUAGCAAAUGACUGUGUUGCGGCUUUGGAGCGCCUGAGGAAUGGUUUAAUAACUUAUGUCCAGAUUAGUAUUGAUAUUGAAAGAGAAAGAAUUUGCUUAGAAACUGAAGCCGACAUAGACGUCAGUUCAUUACCAAUGAAAGUGCCUGAUAACCAUGCCCGGUAUCAUUUCUUUAUAUUCAAACAUACCCAUGAAGGAGACUUUAUAGAGAGCAUUGUAUUCAUAUAUUCUACUCCUGGUUAUAGUAUUCCAGUGAAAGAAAGAAUGCUUUAUUCAAGCUGUAAAUCUUGUUUUCUCAGUUAUGUUGAACAGAAUAUGGGAAUGGAAAUUGUCAAGAAGGUUGAAAUUUCUGAGGGUGCUGAAUUAACUGAGGAGUUCCUGCAGGAUGAACUUCAUCCAAAGAAAAAUAUUGCUCGGCAAGCAUUUGCUAAACCAAAAGGCCCUUCAAAUCGAGGACCAAAGCGAAUGAUCAGACCCACUUCAGAUUCAUCUGCAGUUAACUGAGUCGGUUGAUGAAGUAACCAUUGAACCUCAUAUUGGUAACAAAGUGCUAUUCAAAGGAAAGAAAUUAAAAAAUAAAUAUAAAAGUAAAAAAAAAAACAGCAAGAACCAUAACUGAGAGAAUAAUUAAUUGACAAAAUCUUGUAUAUUCUCCUCCUCUUCCCAGCUCAUAAGGCAUUUUUAAUUAACAUACCAUGUUCUUUAUGCCCUUUUCUCUGUCUUUCCUCCAUAAAAUGGAGUUAGUAAAAUAUAUUUUUUGUAUUUUCAA